AUGAACCACGAAAAUUACCAAGUAGCAAAUAAUACUGAAAAUAUUCGUGAAAGCCUUAGUAAUUCAACAAAUGAUAGUGAACAUGCAUCAAAAGUAAAUUCAACAUUACAAAAUCUAUUUACAGGAAUAUUAUCUGAAGGUUCACAUUCAAAUGAAUCUCAAUCAACUUCACCUGCUUUUAUUCCAUUAUUUAAUACAUUUGAUAUAACUAAUAGUACAAAUAAUGGUUAUCAUCAUUUUCUACUGAUUGUUUUUUUAUUUAAAAUAAUCUUGUAG